AUGAGCCAUAAACUAAGACCAGAGCAGGAACUCACCUUUAAGUCAGAGCUUGUGGAUCUUGAUCAGCAGAACAGCCGCGCCCCGAUGGCGCCUGCCAACAGCACGGCGACGCACCCGCUGAAAAACGAAAGCAUCGUGGACAGCACGGCCGCCACCACCAUGGGCGCGCUCAUCCUCAGCAUUGUCUUCCUUUUGGGUUUCCCCGGCAACCUCUUCAUCAUCUGGAGCAUCCUGGCCCGCGCCCGAAAGCAGAGCAUCACCACACUCCUCAUCCUCAACCUCGCCAUCGCCGACGGGUCCCUCAUGGCUCUCACGCCGUUCUUCGUAGCCUACCUGGUGAUGAAGCGCUGGGCGUUCGGGACGGUCAUGUGCAAGGUACUUUUCUACCUGUGCCUGGCCAACAUGUACGCCUCCAUUUACCUCAUCGCCGUCAUGAGCCUCUACCGACUAAUGGCCGUGUUGCGGCCCCAGCGCGUCGCCGCCCUGCUGGGUCGCAAGACUGUGACGUGGACCUUGGCGGGCGUGUGGGCGCUGGUGGCGGUCGCCUCCGUGCCCGCCAUCAUUUUCCGAGACGUGAAGACCAGCAACGAGCGCGACAUCUGUGAUUCAUUCCACGAGAGGGACGCUCACACUGUCAUCCAAUACACAUUGGAGCUGGUUUUGGGCUUCCUGAUACCGUACAGCAUCGUGGUCGUCAGUUACAUCUGCAUCCUUCUCCGCAUCCGCCGGACCAAAUUCCGCCGACGCAUCCGCAGCGAGAAACUCAUUCUGGCCAUUGUGGUGACCUUCUGCGUCUUUUGGCUACCCUACCACAUCGUCAACAUUGUGCAUGUCACAUGGGCACUCUGUCCCGAGGGUUCUGCGAAAACAACGCUGGCCAAAAUCUGGCACCGAGGCCGUGCCGUCACAUCCUCGGUGGCCUUCAUCAGCAGUUGCGCCAACCCGGUGCUGUACUUCUUCGCCGGAAAAUCCUACAUCCGCCGCGAAGGAUUUGCCUUCAUGGCCCGGCUUUUCGAGGCGGUCGGUCUGGACUCGGCUACUAGGAAGAGUCGUCAGAACAGCCAGAACAGCCGCGACAAGGACAAAGAAGCGGAAGGCGUUAUGCUGAAGGAAAAAGUUGUGGAGUCCAACUCGAGCUCUGCUCUUAAAGCGCUGAAGCUACAGACGUGA